AUAUGUGCACUGCAAGGCGGGUCGAACGCGCAGCGCAAUGUUUGUAGCAUGUUAUCUGAUGCAAAAGCAUGACUGGUAUCCAAACGUUGCCUAUGAAUUUGUCAAGCAAAAACGGCCUCAAGUUAUUCUCGGGAAUGCACAGUGGAGGACCGUCAACGAGUACAGAAGAUUUCUGGAUCACAAACAUGGACUUGCUUAAAU